AUUUAAAUAUGAUAAACUCAUGUGUGUGCAUAUUUACUUUUUAUUUACUUAUGGGAUACUCACCAAUAUUUAUUUGAUACGAACCAUAACCUUCACUAAGUUUUCUUUCUCUAGCCUCCCUCAUCUUUCUCUCUCUGUCGGCGAUGCAGAGGAUAUCGUUAGACUCAUCAGCUUCGAAGCUCCAUAGCUAUGGAGGACGAAAGGACGAUACCUACGAUAUUGAUGACUUGAAACCAGCUUCCUCUUCUCCUUCUUCGUCGUCAUCCGCAGUAGAUUACGACGAUCACGAGCUCAAAGACUUUAAGCCGCGACGGUUAUCAUCGUUGCAAUCUCCUUUUGUUACGACGAAUCAGAAACAAGAGAAGCUUGUUCACUUCAUUCCGAUUCUCACUCUCAUCUGCUUUAUCAUCCUUUACCUCACUUCUUACGCUCCGUCUCAAUCAGAUUUGGCUCAGUUUAAUGGAUUCAUGCGUCCUUCGAAACAUCUAGAAUCAUCCGACGAAAAUGGCGACGAAAUUUCUGGAUUUAUCAGAGCCGAUACUCUAUCCAUCCGUAGUAGUGUACGAAACCUACAAGAGACGGAAAGCUUCACGACGAAAUCACUUCCCCGUCGCCGGACUUCUCACCGGAAAACCGCCGACUUCUAGCAAUCGCAAUCUUAAUUUUUAUUCGUCGCAUCGCAUGUCGAUUUGUUUACUUCCAAUUAAAAUAUUGCGAGUCGCGUUUCUGUUAUAACUGAUCGAAAGGCAGAUAAAAUCGAAUAAAACCUCGCCGCCGAUGAAAUUAUAACUGUCAUGCUAGAGUACGCUGACAGAGGCGUAGGUUAACAGUAGAGUGAAGUAGGAGUAGGUUAGAGUGCGCCUUUAAGAGUAGUUAUGCAAUCCAGCUGGAAUUUUUGGACCGUUACAGUGCCUCGUGCUUCGGAUUAAUAUUCCAGCUGGAAAGAAUCGUCGUUGUUGUUCCUCUAGGCAUUUACUUGGAUUCAGUGAAAUCAGAAAAUUAUUACUACUAUGAGGAGUUAAAGUGACCAAUCUCCUCUAUUCAAUAAUCGUUUUUAAAUAUUCCUCUAUUUAUGAAUCAAAUUCGAUAAUCAGCCACAUGUAUUAUUUUUAUUGAAUUUGAAACUUUUAAUCAAUUAAUUAAUUGGUACCAAACCAUACUUGUUAAACCGGAA